AACACAGUUAGAAAUAACAUAAAAUUCAAGGAGAACAUCAAAUCCGAUGUGUUGAUUUAUCAAACGAGACAAUUAAUCAUGAACGACAAACUAUCCGAAUCCAGAAAAACCUUAGGUGCUGCUCCGUCUCCAAAUGGGAGUGAAGAUUCGGGGAGCACAAAAAGUCUGGAUCAUCUUGAAAACCGAUUGACGAUCCGUGAUUUUAGGAAAAUGCAAGAGCUGUUUAAGUGUCCUGGAUCAAGUGGGAAUAUAGGGAAGAUGACCAGAGAAGAGUUCAUGGAAAAAAUGUCCACAGAGAUUAGACAAGGCACUAAGGAAGAGUUCAGAGAAUUGUUUGAUAAGAUAGACUUGGUCCAUGAAGGUUUCAUUGAUUGGGACAAACUGACUUCCUUUAUGCUGCUUGAGCUCUAUGAGAAGGAUGAACGAACCAAGCUAUCGGUCCUCCCUCAGUGGAAGGAGAUCCAGUUUCUUCCACCAAUCCAUAAAGAUGCUGUUCAAGUGGUCAUGUUUUUGAAAACCCACUCCAGCUACUUGACCAUGAGCAGAAGUGGAUUGCUUGGUCUCUGGGGGCAAAAUUUAAAGCUACAGAGGACCCUUCAGAUUACCACGGAAACUGUAAAACCAAAACACCUCUGGGUAACUUCUCUGGUUGCACUGCCCAAUGUUAACAAGAUAGCUGUUGCAUUUACGAGCAAAGAGAUCUAUUUUGCUGAACUGAAUUCUAAACAAGGAUUCUCAUAUCAGUAUAAGCUUCAGGGCUUUGAAGGAACCAUCAUAUGUAUGGACUACUGGUACAAUCCUCAUGAUGGAAACAGUGCUAUUCUGACGAUGGGAGAUGUCUGUGGGCAGGUGCUGGCAAUUGCCUUCCACACAGCCCAGAUCUCAUUGUUUGAACGACCUUCCUGUUCCCCUGAGGAUGAAAAUGCGAUGAUGACUAUUAAUUGGCAGGAGCUGCUUUCUGGGCAUCACAAGUCCUGCUACACAUUAUGCCACAGGCUCCAUGGUAAAGAAUGGGUGAGGCAAGUUGCAUACAUCUCCUCAUUAGAUGCUUUUAUCUCUGUUACGAGCGGUAGUACAAACACACUGGUGUUAGCUUGGAGAGAAAAAUUAAGUCUUCAUCUUACAGUGACAUGUUUCCACAUCACCCAAGGAAUCAAUGCGUUUGACUUCCAUUCCAGGCUCAACUUGAUAGCAACUGCAGGGAUUAAUCGACAUGUUUGCCUUUGGAACCCAUAUGUCACUUCUAAACCUGCUGGUGUCCUGGAGGGCCAUUCGGAUGCUGUAACUGCCGUCCAGUUCAUUAUGGAGCGUAAACUGCUCUUCAGCUUCUCCAAAGAUAAGGUGUUAAGGAUCUGGGACAUUCAACAUCAGCUCUGUAUCCAAAGGGUUGCGGGUUCUUUCCCAAGAAGCCUGGACUACCAUUCUGUGCUUUACUUCAAUGAAUCUCAUGGACACCUUUUAAUCUCAUUUAACAAUCGACUGGCAUUGUUGGAAAUGGAGCAGGAUUUGGGCAACCGCAGAGUCACAAGUCACAGAAAAGCAGUGACUUGCAUUCUUUACAACUCUGUAUUCAAACAGGUAAUCAGCUCGGAUACAGGAUCCACAAUUAUCUUCUGGCUAAUUGAAACUGGGCAGAAAAUCAAAGAGUUUAGCCGUUGCCAUGGCAAUGCUGAGAUCAGCACUAUGGCUCUCGAUGGGACAGAGACCAGGCUGUUCACCGGUGGCAUGGAUGGAACUGUAAAGGUGUGGGAUUUCAAUGGCCACUGCCACCAUAAACUCAAUGCCGGAAGAGACCGAACAGUUGAAAUUUCCCAAAUCUUAGUACUAAGUUGGACCAUAUUAGUCCUAGGCUGGGACAGGAUGAUUACUGUCUUCCGCCUGAACAAUCUGACUCAGUUUUCUGUUCAGCCUUCAGAAUGGAAAGGAGGAGUUCAGCACCAGGAUGACAUUUUAUGUGCUGCAUUUUUGCCUCCACAAACUCUAGCUACAGGGAGUUUGGGUGGAGAAAUCAUUGUUUGGAAUAACAGUACAGAAAAUGCCUACGUCAAGCUUGGAAGAUCCCCAACAUCCAACUCAGGUUCUCAGGUGGAACGGAACAUAACUCCUACUGGCAGGCUGUCUUCUAGAAGACACAUGGUGUCUGCAGCUGAGUUGGCCAGCUCUGAGGCGGAGAACUGCAGUGCAAUUACAAGGCUCACCUUCUUGGAAGCCAGGAAUAUGUCAGCAACAGGAGGAGCAAACCUAGUAUCUUGUGGAGGUGCUGGUUAUGUCAGAUUCUGGAGUACUCAGAGGAGCAAGUUACUGGCAGAGUUUGAAGCUCAUGGUGGAGUGGGGCCCAUUAUUAUGACAGUUGAAAAAAGAAACCAAUACCUCAUUACAGGAGAUCAAGUUGGAUGGGUGAAGAUAUGGAACAUAGAGGACUACUGCCUAAUGUUGGCCAACGAUGUGAUAACGCAGCCACCUCUCCUGAUAAGGUCAUUUCAGGUUCACGAUGACAGUAUCACUAGCCUGGGGACCUGUAUACAGAACGACAGCCUCUUCAUCUUGUCCUCCUCGACAGACUGCAGCAUUGUGCUUAGUGACAUUUCCGGCGUUCCAUUUGGAAUAUUUGGGCAGGAAAGGCAUUGGAGAAUCGCAAAUCAUGUCGUUUCUUUCGCCAGAGAAGAACACAAGUUACAGACAGAGGAGGAAAAUGACAUUAAAAAUAACAGCCUGUUGUCCUUUGUGGAAGACAAUUCUUCCCCUCAUCUAGUGGAACAACCGGUACCUGUUACAGAAGCUCAAGAUGACUCCACAGACAUGGUGAAUGUAUGGGACAACACAAUCCUGGGUAAAAGUUACAAAGAGAAUAAAACAGAGAAAAGAAGAAAAUGCAGAAUUUUCAAUAAAACUGCUGGGAUAAAGCCAAAUGUUGUAUUUAGGUCAUUAAAGAUUGAAGCCCUGAAGGAGACGACAGAUACGAACCAACUCCUCUCUCUUGUGCACCCUGACAAAUACUUUGGGGAAAAGUCAGCAGAGAAGUGUUCUGAAGAUUUAACGCUGCCUACCCUGUCGGCUACCCUGAAAGCUGCAUUUGAUGAAAAGAGCUUAUUCCCCAAAGAAAUUCUGGACCGGGAAAAGAAAUCAAGGCAGCUGUAUGAAGAAAUAUGUAAAGAAGCAGAGGUAACCAAGGAAAGAAAGCAAGGGACGUUCAAAGGAAAUGAAAUGGGAUCCCUUUCAAAAGGAAAGCUCAGUAACGUCCAGACUGAUGAAGAUUUCUGCAGAGUCGACAACCUAUUUAUGCCUGUGGUAUCUUAGUGGUCUAAUAAAAGUUUCACCUACUCUCA